UUUCUAUCAUUAUAACUUUCCCUUUUCCUACCACUAGAAGAAGUUGAAGAAGAUGAGGGUGGUGGAGUUUUACUUCUACCUUCUCAUUUCCCCGCUACCUCUCCUUGGUCUUACUGAUGCAGGUCAAGAAGCUAUUCAGCCGGUGAACCUCCGGGAACCAAACCAGUUUAGCCUUCACCUUUCCCCUCACACCACUAGCCCACUUCCCAUUGCAGUCUCUGUCACUGAAGCAGAGCUUUCCGUAGUCUCUUCCAGUGUCUUAGCGGCAGAGAGCUGGCUAAAAACUCAUGUCCUUGCUCCCCUCUCCUCCACUAGGAUCACCACCAUUGAGUUAGGAAAAGGGGUCCUGUGUGACAGAAACCAUGAACACCAAUGGAGCUUGGUUCUGCCCUCUGUUAAAAAUUUGUACUACUGUCUAGUGAGAAGAGGUCUAUUAGAAAAGAUCAAACUUUCUGCUGCCUUUUCCUCUAAUUGCUUCCACCAUCUUCACUUCUCUUUAUCUGGAGGUGAUUUGAAACAGGGCAUACUAAAUCCUUUGCUGGGCUUCCUCCAAGAUAACACCAUGGUUUACUCCAUCGAUUCGUCUUCUGAAUUCUCGCAUCCCCCCGAUAACUACGAACGGGUUUACUCCGUUCAUCGAGUUGCCUCGGAAGAGCUGGGCUUUUCCAAGCUGCCACCUCCAUUUAUGCUUCCAAGUCCUAGAACUCCUCUCUCGCCCAUCCCAUUUGCGCCGGUGCCUGACUCCCACUUCUCUUUCGUGCCCAGUGCUGCCCCAUCGGAAAUCCCCACGAACCCACCUGAUGCGCCACGAGUUCCAUCGCCAUUGCCGAAUGCCUCUCCAUCGAGAGCUCCUGCAGGCAGUCCUCUCAUGUCUGUGUUCCCACCACCAUCGCCCGCUGCCCCUGUGACACCGCAUUCACCAGCUGCCCCUUCAGCUCAAGUCCCGAUAAUCCCAGCUUUUCCGCCUGUAGUAUUCCCACCGUUGGCGCCUUGCUCUGUGCCGGCACCGGAGCCUGCGCCAGGGCCAGGGGAAGAGCAGAAGGGGGGCUUGUGGUGUGUGGCGAAGCCGGCAGUUCCGGCGGAAAAGUUGCAAGAGGCAAUGGACUAUGCCUGUGGGGAAGGUGGGGCUGACUGCGAGGAGAUUAGGCCUAAUGGUAGCUGUUAUUAUCCUGAUACUGUGGUAGCCCAUGCUUCCUAUGCUUUGAAUAGCUGCUGGCAGAAGACGAAGCAUGCCGGAGGCACCUGCAGCUUUGAUGGGACUGCAAUACUUAUUACAUCAGACCCAAGCUUUCAGCAAUGCCGGUUCAUAUUCACUUGAGAUGAUGGUGAUAGAGCCUUGAUGCUGUUCGGAUGCUCUUUUUAAUUUACAUAUAUUUUUGGUCUGAUGAAAUCAAGUAGGUGGUUGUUUUGUGGGUGAGAAAAAUAUUUUGACAACCGAGUUUCAAACAGCAUUUAAGUUUGUUCAGGGACUUUUGGUAUUUAACCGACCUUCUUUACGCAUAA